AUGGCGCAAAGGAAAAAUGUAAAAGAAUUGGCAAGAAAGUUUGUCGAAACGUUGGCAAUAUUUCGUCGGAGUUUAAUUUUUCAAACCAAAGAGUUUUUUCAAAACUCUACCUUACAUGGUGUGCGUUAUAUUGCUGAAACGGGUCGACCGGUGGGUGAAAAAUUUAUGUGGUUUUGCUUUACAACAAUUGGUGCUGUGACUGCCUUGGUGAUUAUUAUGAGUUUGUGGGAGAAAUUUCAAACUAAUCCAACAAUCACUGGCUUGGACACAGAUUUUCAUAAUCAAAAUGUUGUUUUCCCCAGUACCAUCGUCUGUCCAGAAAUACCUUUCGAUCAUGACAAGGCGUACGAUUGGGCAUACAAAACAUUAUCAAAUUAUGAUCAUCCCACAGCGACGAUGAUAGCACCAUUUCUGGAACUUUUAACAUCUCUCAACUUCGAUAAUGUGAAUGAAGCUUAUGCGCUGUCUACAUCAGUGCCUGCAAAUGUUUUAAAAGAGAUAAAUUUAAGAGAAGCAGCCUUUAAAGCAAGUGUCAGCUGUGAAGAUACUUUGAGCGAAUGCAAAUACCGUGAUGAGCCCAUAACCUGUUGUACGCACUUCGAUACAGUUUAUACCGAGCAUGGCAUGUGUUUCGCUUUCAAUAGCCGUUUCAAAUCGGAGGAAAAAGAAGAUGUCAACGGAGCAGCACCACAUGAUCUUUAUGAGACUGAUAAAAAGUGGGCUUUAUACUUCAUACCGAAUGGAACAGCAAAAGUUUUUAUAUUUUCGAAUGAAGAAUAUUUUGGACGUGAUUUCAAUGCACAAAUCGAAUGGGAAGAUAAUCAAAAGGUAGAGGCUCGUAUCUCCAAAAAGAAUACCUAUACCACAGACGAUGCCAGGCAACUUACAAUUGGUCAACGGAAAUGCAUAUUUUAUGACGAGGUCAAACUGCAAUACUUUCCCGAAGGUUACACAUUUUCAUCCUGCAUGAAGGAGUGUCGCAUGAAGCAAGCUCUAAAAUUCUGUAAAUGUAAUCCACCGUUUUAUAAGCCAAUACCGUAUGUACCCAUGUGCGGCAUAUCCGAUUUGUUGUGUCUGGAGAAGAACAAGGCUAAUAUUACGAAUAUUAGAAAUUGUAUGCAUUGUGAAUUGAGUUGCUCGAAAACCGUGUUUAAUAUAGAGAAAUUAAUUAAAAAUACCGAAAAAACAGAUGAUACUGGAGUUUUAGUGGAGUUUCUUACUUGGCCCAUUAUAAGAUAUAAACGUGAGGUACUUUUCGGUUGGGUGGAUCUUCUGGUGUCAUUUGGCGGUAUAGCGAGUUUAUUUCUAGGUUUCUCAUUGCUAUCUGGUGUUGAAAUAAUUUAUUACUUCACGCUGAGAGCUUGCUGUAUGGUGUACAAGAACAGACAAGAAUUGUAUGAAAUCGAAGAGGAAAUCAAGCGUAGGCCACCACCGCCCAUUAAUCUUUCACUACGAAUAAUGCCUUAUGUUUCAAAGCCUCUACUACCUGCGACAAACCCAGAUGAUAACCAAAUUCGAAACAAUUUGAAUGGCAAGCAUUUCAAUGGCAAACCGAUUAAUUUAAGCAAACGAAAUAAUUUUAACACGAAUACAUCACAAAAUGUCAAAGAAUUGAGUAGACGUCGCGGAGGUGAUAUGGACUACAGUGGAUAUUCGAAAUCGCUUUACAAAUCUGCGAAAAUAAUACCACAGUACCGCAGUGAUGCAAACAAUGAGUGGCAAUAUGGACAAUAUCUGCCCUAAAUAAUUGU